UCAUGUGACGGGCCAAGAUGGCGGCGCUCAGGGCGGCGGUGCCGGUGCUGGCGCUGCUGGGGCUGUGCCUGGGCCCCGCGGCCGCCGCCACGCCCCUGGUGAUCUGGCACGGCAUGGGAGACAGCUGCUGCAAUCCGGUGAGCAUGGGCUACAUCCAAAAACUGGUGGAGAAAAAAAUACCGGGGAUUUACGUCCUGUCGCUCAAGAUCGGGAGCAACCUGAUCCAGGACAUGGAGAACAGCUUCUUCAUGAACGUCAAUGACCAGGUGAGGGAGGUGUGCAGCCAGCUGGCCACGGACCCUCGGCUCCAGGGAGGCUACAACGCCAUGGGCUUCUCCCAGGGAGGCCAGUUCCUGAGGGCUGUGGCCCAGAGGUGCCCUGCUCCUCCCAUGCUCAGCCUGAUCUCCAUCGGGGGACAACACCAAGGGGUGUACGGCUUCCCACGCUGUCCUGGGGAGAGCUCCCACCUCUGCGACUGGAUCCGAAAAACCCUGGAUCUGGGAGCCUACACAAAGGCUGUGCAGGAGCACUUGGUCCAAGCAGAGUAUUGGCACGACCCGCUGAAGGAGGAGGACUACAGGAAAAACAGCAUUUUCCUGGCUGACAUCAAUCAGGAGAGGGGCAUCAAUGAGACCUACAAGAAAAACCUGAUGGCUCUGAAAAAAUUUGUGAUGGUGAAAUUCCUCAACGAUACCAUGGUGGACCCUCCAAUCUCUGAGUGGUUUGGGUUUUACAAAAGUGGCCAAGCCAAGGAGACCAUCCCACUGCAGGAGACCUCGCUGUACAAAGAGGAUCGCCUGGGGCUGCAAGAGAUGGACAAAGCAGGGAAGUUGGUGUUCCUGGGGGUGAAGGGGGAUCACCUGCACUUCUCAGAAGAGUGGUUUGACAGCACCAUCCUCCCCUUCCUCCAGUGAAGCUCCCCUGGGAGCCCUGGGCAGGGUUUUUCACUGUAACUAACACCAGCCACUGUGCAACAGCACUCGGUGCAUCCAAGCCUGCAAGGAUUUGGGGAGGAGGAACAGGGUGGGGUUUAGCUCAGGGGGUUUGCCAGGGUGGAAUUCCACUCCCAUCUGGGCUGAGCCUUGCCCUGACUCUGACACACUCCAGAGCCUGGUGAAUCCACCUCAGUUCUCGAGCUGUUCUCCACCCCUUGUUCCUGCAGGGCACACUGGCAGUAUUAACCCAGCUCACCAGUGCAGGGAUCAGCAAGACUCAUGGUUGUAUGCAGGGGAAUCAUGUUACAGCCCAUGCUUCAGGAUGGGGAAAAAGGCCAAAUUUAGGGGUUUCUGGGGAAAAAAAAAAAAAAAAAAAAAAAGGGGUUUGGAAUUCAGCAGUAUUAACAGCUUGAACAGUUUUCAACUAAUGGCUUGGUUUGUGUUCUUUUGUACAACUGAAAUCAAUAAGGAACUUGCCAUCUAACCAACUAAAUAAAAGCUUGAACAAUUGCUGACUGUGUUUGGAGGGGAGCUGAGAAAAUUCUGGGGAAGUAUUCCAAGGAAUCAAGGCAGGGUCAGAGGCAGAGAGGGGCACCUUGUCCUGCCUGAGCUCCCCUGUGCCCCCAAAAAGAGACAAGAGUCACAGUAAUGAGCAAGUUGGCAUUAACUUUAUUCUAUCUUCUGUAUAAUCUUAAGUACAUAAGAAAGGUUUUUUCACAAGCCUCAGGAGAAGACAAGUACAAGUCACAGGACAGUUUCAAAAUAAAAAAAAAAUUGCAUAAUUUUUUCUUUUUUUUUUUUUUUUUUGUAAGUUUUGUACUA